CGUCACAUUAAAGGUCGUUGUCCUUUUGAGCAAUGUCAACGUUUAACAAAGCAUGACUCCGGACUUGUGGUUCCUAGAGAAAACUGAACACACGCUGUUGUGUUACAUCUUGCAUUUAUUAUUUUAAUAUCUACAUAUCGGUUUGUGUGAAACAGAAGACACAAUGGCUCCUUUACAGGAAAACUCGCAUUGGCCCCGAGUAUCAAAGUUCACUCUGUCUGCAUGUGCUGCAACUGUUGCAGAAUUAGUAACGUAUCCCCUGGACCUUACCAAAACCAGGCUUCAGAUACAGGGUGAAGGUGGUACCCACCAGAAUGGUGGCAGUAUGCAUACUCGAACCAAAUACAGAGGCAUGCUAAGCACAGCUGUGGGUAUAGUGCGUGAAGAGGGGCCCUUCAAAUUAUGGCAGGGGGUCACACCAGCUAUCUAUAGGCAUAUAGUUUAUUCUGGAGGGAGAAUGUUGGCCUAUGAACAACUGAGGGAGUCUGUUUUGGGAAGGUCUGAAGAUGGAAGCUUUCCAUUUUGGAAAGCAGUGAUUGGCAGUAUGAUAUCAGGUGCCUUGGGCCAGUUCAUUGCUAGUCCGACAGAUCUAGUGAAGGUUCAGAUGCAAAUGGAGGGCAUGCGUCGACUAGAAGGGAAGCCUCCAAGAGUACGUGGGGUCUACCAUGCUUUUACGAAGAUUGUUACAGAAGGAGGAAUAAGGGGCCUUUGGGCUGGAUGGGUGCCCAAUGUUCAGAGAGCUGCUCUGGUUAAUUUAGGAGACCUGAUGACCUAUGAUACUGUAAAGCAUUUUCUACUGAGCAACACAUCCAUACAGGACAACAUGCUUUGUCAUGGAUUGUCAAGCAUAUGCUCUGGAUUGGUUGCAGCAACUAUGGGAACACCAGCCGAUGUUGUAAAAACUCGAGUAAUGAAUCAGCCACGGGAUUUAAAUGGAAGGGGUCUUAUUUACAAGUCUUCUAUGGACUGUCUGGUUCAAUCAGUGAGAGGAGAAGGUUUUUUAUCGCUUUAUAAAGGAUUUCUACCGACCUGGUUUAGAAUGGCUCCCUGGUCUUUAACCUUCUGGCUAACAUUUGAGCAAAUGAGACGAGCAAUGGGCUUGAGCUCGUUUUAAUGAAUGUAACAGUUGAGUAAGAAAAACUAAUGUUGGACCAAAACUCAGUAUUGUUUUACUUAACCUCAGAACUAAAUAUUUCUGUCUACUUAGGACUGUGUGAAUUCACAGGCACACAUUCAAGGACACAAGUAAAAACAGGAACAAAAAUGUUAAUUGUCAUUUUAUAUCAAUACAUAUUGGAGAAAAUAAAACAGCAUGUGUACUAUGCCAAGCCUUAAUUAGGAUUAAAGAAAAUA